CUCGCGGUACGCAAUUGGCACAGCACCAGCACCUUUUUCCUCCAAUUCCCCCGCCAGCGACGAGCGACCAUGUCGCACAUGACCAAUCCGCUGGCAACGCCAGACCAGCUAUUUCAGCGCCGCUCCUUCGAGGCCCUCCCAAUUGAGCUGCAAGACGCCAUCUUCUUCGCGACACAAUGCCUGACCCAGGCCGCCGGUAUCCUCCUCCAGCUCCCCCAGUCCGUCACGGCGCAGGCCAACGUGCUUCUUGCGCGAUACUGGCUCGUCGAGCCCAUGAUGUCUCAUGAGUUCAGCGACGUCUCGGCCGCAACAGUCUACCUGACCGCCAAGCUCUCGGCCCACCCACGGUCCCCGCGCGACCUGGCCAACGUCUACGCCUACCUCCUCUCCCCGUCCAGCUCGCUCUUCCAGCCGCCGACCGCCCCGCCCCCGGCCAACGAGCCGGCCAGCUACUACCUGUCCGAGUCCGCCUACCACGCCUUCCACGCCCGCGUCCUCGCGCUCGAGGCCCGCGCGCUCUACGCCCUCGCCUUCGACACCCACGUCGCCCUGCCCCACCCGCUGGCCGUCACGUACCUGCAGGCGCUCGACUUCCUGGCCGUGGCCCCGCGGGAGCGCAUCGGCAGCCGGGCGGUCGCCUACCUCAACGCCGCCCUGCUCUCGCCCCAGAUGCUGUACCUGACCAGCCAGCCCAACGCGCUGGCCGUCGCGGCCGUCUACAACGCCGCCCGCGACGUCGGCGCCAAGAUGCCCGAGUGCGAGUGGUGGGAGGUCUUCGACGUCGACCGCGAGGAGCUCGGCUUCCUCGUCGUCGGCAUGCGCAGCCUCGACGGCUGGGGCCGCAAGAUGCGCGCCGAUCUCGCCCGCAUCAUGCGCGGCGCAGAGAGGGGCAUGGUCACCCGCCGCGAUGUCGAGGACGAGCUGAGGAGGAGGGGGAUCGAGGUCGUGGUAGUGCGCGCCCCCCGGGGUGGUGGCGCCGCCGAGGCGGAUGAUGCGGAAGAGGAGGCGGCGAGGAGGAUGGACGAGAAGAUGGCGGAUCUGGAGGCUAGGGGGGUUUGAGAGAGAAAGAGGGGGGGGGGGGGGGGGGGGGAAGAGGAUAAUCUCUCUGAGGUGACCAAUGGAUGAGCGGUUGAGGAGAGUGUGGCUGGAGACUUGGUUGGUGGCUGGCCGCCGCCUCCUCGGACAAACAACGGCCACACUCUCUCUGACUUCGCUAUAUACGACGACUUACCGCCCUAAGCCCCCGACCUGCUUCAGG